ACCCCAUCAGCUGUUCAGAAGAUAAAACAGCUUCUUAAAGAUAAACCUGAGCAUGUAGGUGUGAAAGUAGGUGUUCGUACAAGAGGAUGCAAUGGACUUUCUUACACAUUAGAAUAUACAAAAUCAAAAGGAGACUCUGAUGAAGAAGUAGUUCAGGAUGGGGUUAGAGUGUUUAUUGAGAAGAAGGCACAGCUGACACUUCUAGGAACUGAAAUGGACUAUGUAGAAGACAAACUGUCCAGUGAAUUUGUCUUCAAUAAUCCAAACAUCAAAGGAACAUGUGGCUGUGGAGAAAGCUUUAACAUCUGAAAUCUCAGGACUACUUCUUUGACUUUGAACACCUCAAAACACUUAACUAUUAUGGCUUUCAAAGCAAAUGCAUUUUCUUCAGGUUCAUAGGCUGCAUAAAGUGUGGAUAUCAUUAAGAAAAAUAAAUCAUUUUGAAAAUGUAAAUAUUGUGUAAAUUCCACCACUGAUGUAGUUAAUGCUGUAGUUUGUGAUGAAUUGGGGAUCCAAAAGGUAAUAACAGUAAGUGCUGUAGUAACAUUUCUGUACUUUCACAUGCCAAGGAAAUAAAAUCUCACUGUUCUUUUCCU